UUCAGUGCACGGUGCGCCCGCUGCUGAUUCUCCGUGACGUUGGACUCCACCACAAAAACAAGCGUCUUCCACAGCUUUUACACACUACCUAACUCGAAGCUCCCGUUCGCGCACUAUUUCCAUGUGCAGAACGGAGCGAUGCGUUACAUUCUGCAGACGCUCUCUCAGCCAAUGUGAUGCUGCCCACGGCCGCGGCGCAGCACCCAGAACCCUGCAGGCACCACCAGCCCGUCUCCCCCCCCCCCACAGCAGGCUGCCGGUUGUUGGAGCGUAGGAGUCGGCUGCCAGACAGCGCUCAGGUCCAGUCCCCGUCCACCCACCCUCACGCUGUGCUACACCCGUCGCCCGGCCUCCUCACGCCGUCACCCCCGUCAGCGGACCAGUCGCCCGGUGUCCACCGGUGAGGAGAGAUGCUGAUCCCCCAGACCCUCCGUCGCCUGCUGCUCCCCCUGCUGCUGGUGGUGGUGGUGGUGGUGGUGGUGGCGGCGGGGGCGUGUGUGUGCGUCGAUGGAGGCCCGGUCCGUCUGCCCCGACGGGACACGCCGGACCCGGUGCCGUUGGUCACCUCGAGUGGCGGUUCCGGGGCAUUGGUGCACGUGACGGACACUCCGGAGGGUGACGGUUCGGCGGCUGGAGGAGGGGACGGAGGAGGAGGAGGUGGGGGAGGAGUCAGCGGCGGCCCGGGAGUGCGCCAAGCCGCACCCGGAGAGGCACGCGGUGCGAGGAACGGAGGCGUCUUCGGCGCCGGGAGAUCCGGGCCGGGGAUGAACGGCGGCAGGGAGGAGGUACUCCGGAGGGAGAGGAGGGAGGUGUGGGCAGAGGGGGAGGCACCGGGGAGCCUGUCAGAGGCGGGAGAGGAUCAAAGCCGACCGACGCCGUACACCGCGCGCCCUCCAGACUCCGAGGGAACGACGCCUGGCUCGUCUGCGACCGAGUUCAACUCGACGGCGAGCAUCCCCAGGGGGGCUACGUCCACGUCUCCAGACGACGGAGAGGCGCCGGCCGAGGUGGUCAACACGCCGGGAUCCACUCCGUCGGGACCUCCCGCGUUGGACCCCGCCCUUGCCUCCCCCACAGGGGCCCCGUCCUCCAAGGAGCCGCCAGGAGCCUCAGCCGGGGACCAAGGUCCUCAGAUCCCGGGGCCGACCCCUUCCGUCGCGCCGUCGCUGGGGGCCCCUCCGUUGCCCCCUCUGGCGGACUGGGGGCCCGAUGAUGCGACCGCCCCCAUCGUUCCAGACCUCCUCCUGGCUGAGGUGGGACCCGACGUGAUGCCCAAACCAGAGGGGCCGGAGAGCCUCUGGUCAGAGGCUGCGAGCGACAGCGAAGCGGACACGGAGGUCCCCCUGACCCAGGACCAGUCCACCGAGGGCACCAUGUCUUCAGAGGACCUCCCCCUCAUCUUCGACCCCUUCGACGACGUCACACCGCAGGGGGCGUCCACGGCCGGGGGGCCGGCGGCUCCCGGUGGCCCCCAGCCGCCGGCCAGCGCCACGGCGACCGGCGGCACGCUCCUGUCCGAGGCGGCGUUCGACCGGUCGGUCACCGUGGAGACGGACGGCGACGGCCCCUCCCACCCCCCGCCCAUGCUGCCGCGGGAGUGGAUGUCCCCGUGGCAGACGCCAGGCACCGAGCUGCUGGGGCCCAGCGCCUCCCCGGUGGGACCCCUGGACCAUCACGCCGUGAAAGAUUCUGACAACGCAGAGGGACUAGAAGAGCCCUCCUCCAUCUCUGGCCUCGCUGCUUCCUCUCUCCUCUCCUCUGGAACACCUGUAACCAAGGCAACCCAUCACCACGUCUCUAAAUCCACCUCUGGGUUGGAGGAGAUGGAGUCCGAGGAGGAGUCUGACGAAGACGACAGUGAGGAGGAGCAGACCAACACGCCGGCGUCCAACCGGCCCCCCUACAGCCUGAUCCCCCCACCCCCUGUGUGGGUCCAGCGGAACCAGGGCCUGAUGCGUAGCUGGAUGGAGCUGAUCAGAGAAAAGGCGGGAUACGUGUCGGGGAUGCUAGUCCCCGUUGGCAUCGGCAUCGCGGGGGCCAUCCUGAUAGUAGGGGCCCUGAACAGCAUCCGCAUGAUCCACCGCAGACGACGAAACAGCUUCAAGUACCAGAGGAGGAAGGUCCGACAGCAAGAGGUCAAUAUCACACCCACACAGCAACCUAGAGAAACUGGCCCGGGCCGCCCAGAUCAAGCCAUGCUAUUGGCCGACAGCUCAGAGGACGAGUUCUGAUGUCACGCCCGAGAUGUCCUCAACCACUGACCCGACAGCCGAUUCCCCUGUCACGGAAUGCUGAGUAAAAGUAUCACCAUCGCUAUGACUACCGCAUCUUCCUUCACUCCAGGCUGUCCUCCAUAAAAGACUCACCCAAGCUACGGAUUAGUUUCACCUGAGUAGGCCGUGCUAAGCCCAGUAUUUUCCUGAACUAGAGAUGAUGGUGUUAUGAAAACUAAAGAGCUCAUGAUGGGGAACAGUGAUCAGAUUCAUUAGCAGUGAGAAGCGCCAAAGCACUGUCUGUCAAUCAAAAGGCUGUAUGUGGGAAGCAUUUUAUCCAGUGAGUGUCAAUCACAUGCAAGAAGGGCUGUAGCAGAAUCCACUACAUACUGCCAUCUGCAUACAUAACAGUGUAAAUAUUGCGAAGUAGUUGACUUAGUGAAUACGCUUUCCAUCUCCUCACUCUUGGCCAUGAUUUCCAUAGGAUUCAGUAGGAAACAAUGCAUUUCUUUGCAUAUAAGUGUAGAUAGCAUACAAGUACACGUUAUGUAAAAAGUCUUUCAAAUGUAUCCAGCAGCGCAUGUUAUAUCAGACACAUUUUUCGUUCGCAAAGAAGAAUGUUAAUCCUAUUUUUUAAGGUUUGUCUUUACUUGAGAAUCAAAAAAAACUAAAACGUCUUACAUUUACUUACAAAUAUCCCUUUGGGCUUUGUCACCAUAAUAGGCACAAAAAAUAUUUUCAGCAACAACUGUAGUUUUUUGUAAUCCUAAACAAUUGCCAAAGUAGAGGUGACACAGGACAGGGUUUGGACCUAAAAUGUUAGCAAGAUUGCUGCCAGAAAGAUCAGGUUUACAAGAAGAGGAAAAUUGCUUCAGUUUUUUUGAGGGACUAAAUAUAAAUAUUGGACAACGAGUCUUCAAUAAUGGUUUCUGUUCUGCUUGCAGCAGAUUUCAAAUAAAUAUCAGUCAUUCUUUUUUUACUUCCUUCAAUGCUUUUAAGAUUUGUAAGCAAGCGUAGGAUGUGUAAAUGCAAUCGUGUUUCCCUGAAUGUGCUGUAAAAUAGUGGACUUCUUUUCAUUGUUCAGCAAAUAUCCUGCGUAGUGUAAUCUUGAAUAAAUAUUUGUCUCGAUUCUA